AUGAAGUUGGUGAGGUUUCUUAUGAAAUUGUCCCACGAGACGGUGACAAUAGAGCUAAAAAAUGGUACACAAGUCCAUGGGAGUAUUGCUGGAGUUGAUGUGUCAAUGAAUACGCAUAUGCGAUCUGUAACGCUGACACUUAAAAAUCGAGAUGCGAUUAAUCUGGAUACUUUGACUGUUCGUGGAAACAAUAUAAGGUACUUCAUUCUCCCCGAAAGCCUCCCAUUGGACACACUUCUUAUUGAUGAAGGGCCGCCAAAAAGAAAACCUGGACGUGAAGAACGUCCUACCAUUCGGGGUCGUGGCCGAGGUCUUAUUCGUGGGCGUGGACGUGGGGGUCCUCGGGGUCGUGGGCGUGGCCCACCAAUGCGUUUCUAA